CAUCGUCCCGGGGCGCAGUUCUCACAAUGGACGUGUCGUCGUUGGCGUUGACUCAUCGUCACUCCCCAUGAAAUGUCGAUAGAUCUUCGAUCGGAUCACGUGCCGACGAUGGCCGUCAGUGCACAAAUCGCUAGCUUUGCGUUCCCCGCAGCUUCAAAUUUCCAUCACAACUUUAUUCUAACCGCUUCUUGUACUUCUCCUGCGACACGACGUUGAGUGAUCAUCGCCACCCAAUACCACAGCAUGUCACCGCCGCAGCUCCAGAGAUGUCGGCGCCCUCCCUUCCCUCCUCUCGUGCGUUCAUAACCACUUUGCUCAACUCCCUGCCUGCGCUUCCGCCGCUCUCCGCAUCCGCCACCAACACAGCCGCUCCAACUAAUCCUCUUAACUCCGUGCCUGAAUCUGCAAGGAAACAGCUUCUGACCCUUCAUGUUUUGUUUCCAAAUGAACUCCUUCCUGCCCUUGACCUCCUCGACCGGCGUCUCGUUACGCGAUUCCUCAUCCGCGGAAAGCCGAUGGGAGUAGGGACCGGGGACACGAAAGGAACAAUGGCUGCGGGCAAAGACGCAGAAGGGAAGAGCGUAUUACGUGGUGGACAAGGCGAUGUGGCGCGGUCGACAAGUGAUGCUAUGGCGGAGGUGGAAGUGGAGGCGGAUGAGACACUGGCACCCCACUCCCACAAUCUCUACGCCGCAAUGCGUGCCACCGGGCAGAUGGAAAACAAUCCUGAUAUGGAAAUGCUGGAUUCUUCAUCUCCAUCUUCAGCUACGUUGGCCCAUGCAGAGGAUGGGGUGCAUGUUCCUCGGAUUCUUGAACAGGAUGCGGAUGCGGCACUGCCAAAGGACACAAACGCAGGGGCACGGGAAGUUGUAGUCGACACGGUUUACUACGUCCGCUCAGCCCAGCAAAAGUCCUCGCGAUAUAGCUCUUCCUACGAUAGUACAACUUCAUAUGAAGUCCGUCUAACCGCAUGGAAUUGUUCCUGUCCCGCCUUCGCAUUCGCUGCAUUUCCUUCGCUGCAUCCAGAGCCUCCUAUCCCGCAGGCAAAUGCUGGAGAGCCCCAGCCACGGCACACAGAUCUGGAUUUAAGAGUGAGCCAUGACAAGCUGCGGAAGGAGGAUGAAGACCAAUGGAGCUCUGGUGGGCUGAGCUUAGGAGACGGUAUGCCACCUGUGUGCAAGCACCUGCUUGCAUGUGUCCUGGUGGAGCGAUGUAGCCUUUUCAGCAGCUUUGUGGAGAAUAAGGAUGUCGGUGUGGAAGAGGCGGCUGGUUGGGCUGCUGGGUGGGGAGAUUGAGAUGCGUCAGAAGGAGAGAGAGGAUUGAGUUUUGAUACCCGGGCUUGAUGUGGAGAGGGAUGGCCUUACGAAGUUAUGAUGUGAUGUGAUAUGAUAAUGAAGACACGGCUUGCUACGGCUUGAACAUUUACGGGGUGUGCGGCACUCCGCUGGGCGACUAAAGAUCCGUAGGCUAUCACAUGUUCUCUGAGGCGUAAAGGUAUGUGCCGCGAUAGUUUUAACGCAGCACAGCACAGAAACAUACAUCCUAUUACCCGCCGCUGACACCUCAUCCAUUGAAGAAGUCAUUGCCGUCAUUCUACAACCGUAGUAAACCCAGUUCCGG